CCCAGCGAGGGAGGCGGGAAAGGAGCGACGUAGAGGGUUACCUAGCAACCUCCGCCCACCAGACUCUUCUAUCGCUACCAAGACCUGGCCCCCCAGCUGGUCCCCCUCGACUACACCAGCUGUCCUGAUGUGAAGGUGCCCUAUGAGCUGAUCGGCACUAUGCCAGAGUUGAAGGACAACCCUUUCCGCCAGAGAAUUGCCCAGGUUUUCUCCCAAGAUGGGGACGGUCACAUGACCUUGGACAACUUCCUGGACAUGUUCUCAGUGAUGAGUGAGAUGGCUCCCCGGGACCUCAAAGCCUACUAUGCCUUUAAAAUUUAUGACUUCAAUGAUGAUAACUACAUCUGUGCAUGGGACCUGGAGCAGACGGUGACCAGGCUGACCCGUGGGGAGCUGAGUGCUGAGGAGGUGAGCCUGGUGUGUGAGAAGGUGCUGGAUGAGGCGGACAGCGACCACGAUGGGCGCCUGUCACUGGAGGACUUCCAGAGCAUGAUCCUUCGGUCGCCAGACUUUCUCAGCACCUUCCACAUCCGCAUCUGAGAAUGCUGUGGAGGACAGGGCCCAGCCUCACUCUCUUGGAACUCUGGUCUGCCUGGCUGUGGGAAUAAAUGGAUUACACUAGCCUUGGGUCUUUGCCUUUUGCUGUGUGACCUUGGGUGUGGCCAUACACUCCGAGCUACAACAUCCCAUUUCUACUACAAACUGACUUCUAGAUCUCUCUCCUGUGGCAUCUGGCAGUUCCUCUGUGUGAGUCACCGUGUGUUCAGAUCAG